UUUAUCAUUUUUUAUCACUGAUAUGUUAGCAUUUUUAUUAUUUCAUUCGUGCCUCCGCUUGGCGGGUCACAAAUAAAACGCGGUGGGUCACUUUGUGACCCGCGGGUCAGUGGUUCGCCAUCCCUGGCUUAUAUAAUUGUCUCUAUUUUAGACAAUUUAGAGUUUGUAAUAAUAUUAAUUAUGACAUUUUAUGAUGAGAUUGUAUAUGUUCUUAUCCUAUCCUCUUCCGUGGCAUCGGGUUUGCUUCUAAGAAGUGUUGAGAACUCACGGAUUAAACAGCUUCUUUCAUCGAGUUUUGGUCUGCUGGUUGUCUUAUUUUUAUGUGGAUGGGAAACUCUUCAUUCAAUCUUAUCCAUUAUUGGAACGCUAUGCAUUAUCAAAUCUCAUAACAAGCAGACACCAUUGCUUGCAUUUAUCUUCGUAUUUUCAUAUUUACUAUUCUUUCGAUGUUCAACGCUUUUUGGAUUGCCGAAAAGCUCUGCUGUUGGGAAUGCUGUACAACUGUUACUGACAUUAAAACUCAUUAGUGUUGCAAUAGAAAUUCAUGAUUACAGACAGAGGAAAUCUCGAGAAAAAAGCAAAGAUGACACUCCGUCAUCUCGAUUUCAACUUUCAUUACAGGAGGAACCAAAUACUUAUGAUAUUAUUUGUUAUUCUUAUUGUUACGUAGGACUCUUUACUGGACCAUUUUAUAAAUUUCGCACUUAUCAAGAUUUCUUGGACCAAACGGUACACCAGUCUCAAGUAAUUCCAUGGAAAGAAGAAAUUUUGAUUCGGUUCAAGCAGAUCAGCUUUUAUGCUGUGAUGUAUUUUAUUGCUACAGUUCUUUUUAGCGUGGACCAUGUCAGAUCUGAUGCAUUUUAUGAAUCCUCUUUCCUGUACAGACUGGUUUACAUGGUUCCAAUCUUCUUCCUGGGAAGAAUGAGGUUUUAUUCAGCAUGGCUUCUUGCAGAAUGUUCCUUUAUAACAGCUGCGUUUGGUGCGUAUCCAAAGUCAAGUAAUCCUAAACCAGGACAUGGUCCAACUGUGGAGUAUGAUAGCACUGAAGAGUCUGAGAGUAUUGAAUAUAGCUUUGAGACAAUACGGAACAUAAAUCCAGAGGGAAGUGAGUGGAGCAAAACUGUUCGGGAUGGUAUGAGAAACUGGAAUAUGACAGUUCAAUGGUGGCUUGCCAAUUAUGUGGGGAAAAGGUGGCCAGCACAUCUCAAACAAUUUAGGACAGCUGCUGUGCUAGGUUGCAGUGCGUAUUGGCAUGGUAUUGCCCCUGGAUAUUUCGGUGCUUUCCUUACAAUGCCUUUUGUCAUGUUUGCUGAAGACUUGUUAAGUAAAUUGGUCCGGCAGAAAUUAAAUGAAGGAAAUCAAUUACAAUAUGAUUGGUUGAAUUGGUUUUUUAAAAUGAGAAGUUUUGAGUAUAUGUACAUGGCGUUUGCUUUGUUAACAUGGGAAGACACUUACAGAUGGUGGAAGUCUGUUUAUUUCAUUGGUCACGUUGUUUGCCUAUUAGUUAUUUUAUCAUGCACUGUAGUACAAUUGUUACUGUCAAAGCCUAAAAAGGUUAAAAAAGAAGAGUAGGAAAGUUUAGUCAAUUUCGUAAAGUGUGGGUCUAGUAGAAAAUCUUUACUUUGUUUGUGGAGAUGACUACAGAAUCUUCACAUGGCAGUUAUCUGAUUGAACUUUGAGCAUGAGCCCAAUUCAGGUCGUUGAUGCAGCACAUCACUAUAUCAAUCACAGUAUCCUUAACUAAAUACAAUUGGCAGCUUGCCAAUGGUCUGUCUCGUUCAGAAAACGAACAUAAAUAUUAUUCAUCAUUCUAACACAUACCGGGUAUUGGUGGCAUAUUUUGUAUUUAUACUUAUUGAUUGUUUCAUGUAAAUGUUUGUUUUUCACCUAUUGACCGCUGAUGUGAAUAUAUUUAAUACUUAUACCACGA